AUGCAACUCAGCCAAAAUGUGGCGCGGGCUACGGUGCCCUCGUAUUACCACAUCCGCACCAAUCUUCCGCAGCGCAAGCCACAGAAUCAAUGGGAGGGCGUAUACUACUACAGCGGCAUCACGAAGCGCCAACAGCACGUCGUGCUGCUGCAGCGCAAGCGUGAACGAGAAAUGUACCUGCGCCAGUACAACCGGCAUGUCGCCUUCCUCCGUCGACAGUACGCGGCACAUCAUGAGAAGCCGCUUGCCUCGUUACCGGAGCGGCUGACGUUGGCCACUAAGCUGGCGAGCUUCGGCAUGCACAACGAAGCAGCCACAUUUGUGGACGCAAUGCAUCAUGGCAAGGAGCUACGCGCCAUGGACUACGUCCACCUGAUCAGCUCCCUGCGAGCCAGUGAUCUUGGCACCUGCAUCCUGCACAGCGAAGCGGCCUGUGACCCUGCCUUGACCUUUAAGCUGCUUGGUGACAACGCAGGCACGGAGCGGGCAACCGAAGCGUACCGGUGGUAUGACAUGGCCAUGUCGGCCCUAGGGCAUGGGUGCGCCAGCCUUCGACCUGAGUCGACCCCUGCCGCGUCUCAGCUGACAAACGCGCUCAUGCGCACCCUCAUGACGUGCGGCUACACGCAUGUGAAGGCCAUUCCCGACGCCGUAUAUGAUCGUAUGGGUGCCCGUGGCAUUAGCCCGACGGCAUCCACCUACGAUCACGUCAUCUUGGCGCUGGCGCUGACAGGAAACAUCGCAGAGGCCGAAGACGUCUUUCGCUUUGUGCGCCACCGUCACGCAGAGCACGUCACCAUUCAUGGCUACAACGCUCUGCUGCUCGGCAAUCGCGAGGCAAAGCUCUUUGACCGCUGUGAUGGCUUGUGGCAGGAACUCGUUGACUGCCGCUGGCCGCGCGCGAACCCACUGACAGCGGAGCUGUACCUCCGCAGCGUGGUGGACCACUCCUACACCCCUACCUCCGAGGGCUUGCAGCGGUUCGGCAGCGUUCAUGUGGUGGAAAAGAAGAAGGUGCCAAUCGUACUGACGCAGAUGGACGAGCUCGGCAUCCCGCGCACGCACCUCUCCGGCCCGCUGCGUGACGAGGUGGAGGAUGCGCUGCGCAAGUUCUCCAUAUACCGGAACCGCUUCUAUGAAUGGGGUCGAGCGGUGAAGCAGUUCGACUUCAUCGAGUUCCGCCGCCGCCACGGGUGGAUGUACGACCUUCAUCUCAUGAAGAACACAACCAAGAUGCUGCCGCCCAUCCGUGACCCGUCGCAGCCGGACAGCACGAUGGCCAGCGCCGCCAUGGUGGAGCUGCCCGCCUUCUUCACGGAGCGCCACCCGUGGGAGCGCAACGCGCUGGAGUCGGUGCUUUCAGUGACAAAGGAGCGUGAGCGCAUGGACGACGUGCGGGCUGGCGACAUCUAUUACGAUGACACCAAGAGCAUCCACGAGCGCAGCAGCACGUGGAUGAACGAGGUGCCGGAGACGCGGUAUGACCAGCUGUACGGAAUCAACCACCCGGAUGUGUCGAAGAUCGGUAUCCGCGCGCAUCUGGAGGUGGAGUACACAAAUCGGAAGGAGGUAAUGGAGAAGGACGCGGCACUUGUGCGGAAGUCGAUCCGUCGUGGCCGCCGUCUGCGCCACCGGGUCGAGGUGUCGAGAACGCACCGAAACGAAGGCUCCCUCACAGCGAAGGAGGGCAAGUAG